AAUAAGGCAAAACCAGGGGUUUCGCUUCACACCAAAAGUCAAUUAUUGGUUUCGACCAUUUUGGGUCUGCCGACGACGUCACGGCUCUCUCUCCCCCCGUCACCAACCCCUUUUCCCCUUCCCCUUCCCCCUCUUGGUAUAUUCAUCCCCACUUUACGGUUCUAGAUUCAUGAAUACCGUCUAGAUCCUUUUGUUUGGGAGGGGAAAUCGGAGUUGAUGCUGUUGGGAGACAUAGUUGAAUCGGUGGAAAUGUGGUUGAAACGUUCCAAGAAGGAUAACCGGAAGACAGAUGCCGAUGUCAAGGCACCGGUUGAUCUGGACCCCGUCUUGUUGGUGCCAGGCAUCGCGGGUUCCAUAUUGAACGCCGUGGACGAAGACACCGGCGAAGAAGAGCGGGUGUGGGUUCGGAUUCUCUCCGCCGAUUACACUUUCCGUACCAAGCUCUGGUCUCUCUUUGAUCCUUCUACUGGUAAAACUGUGUCUCUGGAUCGUAAGACCAAAAUUGUGGUCCCUGAAUAUAGAUAUGGGCUGUAUGCAAUUGAUGUAUUAGAUCCCGACAUGGUCAUUGGGCGUGAAAGUGUAUAUUAUUUCCAUGACAUGAUAGUGGAAAUGAUAAAAUGGGGCUUCCAAGAGGGGAAAACACUUUUUGGUUUCGGAUAUGAUUUCCGUCAGAGUAACAGGUUCCAUGAAACAUUGGAUAGCUUGGCUGCAAAGCUGGAGUCUGUAUAUAAUGCUUCCGGAGGGAAAAAGAUAAACAUAAUAAGUCAUUCAAUGGGGGGUCUUCUGGUGAAAUGUUUCAUGUGCCUGCGCAGUGAUAUCUUUGAGAAGUAUGUGAAAAAUUGGAUAGCAAUUGCUGCACCAUUUCAGGGCGCACCUGGUUACAUUGCAUCUACCUUUCUGAAUGGUAUGUCUUUUGUGGAAGGGUGGGAGCAGAAUUUUUUCAUAUCAAAAUGGAGUAUGCAUCAACUGCUCAUUGAAUGUCCAUCAAUAUUUGAAUUGAUGGCUUGUUGUGAUUUCCGGUGGGAACACAAUCCAACUUUGGAAAUUUGGAGACAGAAGUAUGAUACUGAUGGAAAUUACAGUGUUACGCUGGAGUCGUAUUCUGCAGAAGAAAGCAUAUCAGUUUUUACAGAAGCUCUUUCAAGCAACACGUUGUAUUAUGAUGGAGUAGAAAUUCCUGUGCCAUUCAACUUGGAGAUAUUGAAAUGGGCUAAUGAGACAAGAAAGAUCUUGUCCAGUGCUAAGGUUCCACCUCAAGUUAAGUUCUACAAUAUAUAUGGGACAAAUCUUGCGACACCUCAUAGUGUGCGUUAUGGAAGUGGGGAAGCACCUGUCACAGAUUUGCAACAAUUACCAUUUUUUAAGGGCAAAUAUGUAUGUGUCGAUGGUGAUGGAACUGUUCCUAUAGAAUCUGCAAAGGCUGACGGGCUUAAUGCAGAAGCAAGGGUAGGAGUCCCUGGUGAGCACCGUGGAAUCCUCUGUGACCAUCAUGUAUUCCGGAUACUAAAACAUUGGCUCAAGGCAGGGGAUCCAGAUCCUUUCUACAAUCCGCUAAAUGAUUAUGUGAUUCUACCGACCGUAUUUGAGAUUCAAAGGCACCAAGAGAAAGGCUUUCAAGUAACCUCGCUCAAAGAGGAAUGGGAAAUCGUUGCAGAUGGACAAGAUGAGCAAGAAGCUGCAGCUGAAAGGAGGCCUUUGGUCAGCUCAAUCUGUGUCUGUAAUGAAGGAGAUGAUCAGUUGAUGCAGGAACAGGCUUGUGCAACUGUUGUAGUUCACCCCGAGACUCGGGGUAGGCAGCAUGUUGAACUCAGCGCUGUUAGUGUAACAGCAAAUGCCUAAAAUCUCUGAGUUGGAACUGUUGUUUGUGUCAUAAUGUCUAUAAGAGGGUCUGCUAUGUUGAUGCUGACAUUGUUGGAACAUUCCCAUGUGUAGUGUAUAUAUUACCUGUCAGCUCUCUGGACAUCAUGUACUCUUCAAAUGCUACGUGAAAAUACAUACAAUUGUUAAGGGGAGUGUGCAAUAAAA